AUGUCUGCUCAGCCACAGCAAGGUCAACAAAAUGUUCCAACCUUCAAAUUGGUUUUGGUUGGAGAUGGUGGUGUCGGAAAGACCACAUUCGUCAAGAGACAUUUGACAGGUGAAUUCGAGAAGAAGUACAUGGCCACAUCCGGUGUGGAGGUGCACCCAAUGUCGUUCUACACGAAUUUCGGUGAGAUCAAGUUUGACGUCUGGGAUACGGCAGGACAGGAGAAGUUUGGUGGUUUGAGAGAUGGUUACUACAUUAACGGUCAGUGUGGUAUCAUUAUGUUCGAUGUCACCUCAAGAAUUACUUACAAGAACGUUCCCAACUGGUACAGAGACUUGGUGAGAGUUUGCGAGAACAUUCCAAUUGUUCUUUGCGGUAACAAGGUGGAUGUUAAGGAGAGAAAAGUUAAGGCCAAGAACAUCACUUUCCACAGAAAGAAGAACUUACAGUACUUUGAUAUUUCCGCAAAGUCCAACUACAACUUUGAGAAGCCUUUCCUAUGGUUGGCCAGAAAGUUGGUUGGAAACAACCAGUUGGAGUUUGUUGAAUCUCCAGCUUUGGCACCUCCUGAAGUCCAGGUUGACAAGAGCUUGAUGAACAAGUACCAGGCUGAGAUGGACCAGGCUGCAGCUAUGCCAUUGCCUGAUGAGGAUGACGCUGACUUGUGA